CCCCGGAUUCCGCCGCCGCUUCCCCGGGGCCGCGGCCGAGGAUGCUCCGGCUGCCCGCGGCGGCGGGGGGGGAGCGUGUGCGCGGCGCCGGGGGCUGAGCCAGCGGCGGGGAGCCGAGCCCCGGCCCUGCCCGGGACACUUAACGGGGAGGAAGAAGAGGAGGAGGAGGAGGGAGGAGGAAGGAGAAGAGGCCGCCCUCGGCCUCGGCCCCGCCAUGCCGGGCCCCACCGGGGAGCGUGGCCCGGCGGCAGCGGCCCCCCGGGGACUGUGAGCGGCCCGGGGCUGGCGGGGGGGGGGGGGGGGGGGGGUGCGCCCGGAGCGGCAUGGCCAGCCCCGUCCCCCCCGCCGCCGCCGCCGGGAUUUAGCCGGUGCCUGGAUGCUUUCGCCUCCCGUUUCCACUUCGGGCGGGCAUGUGCGCGGGGGAACCGGGCCGCCCCCAGCCUCCUCCGGCGCGGAUCCCCCCCGCGCCCUGACUCCCCGGUGAGGGGCUCCGCCACCGGCCCCGUCCCGCCACCGGCCCCGGAGGACGGGGAAGAGCCCGCCCGCCCCGGCCCCCCCCUGGCCGGUGGGUGCCGGGCGGGGGGGCGGCGGGCACCGGUAACUUGUUUUCAGCGUACCCCGGUACCGGCUGGGACACCCCUCCCGAGGAGAUUUGGGUUUCAACUUUGGCUUUUGGGAAGCCCCGAAGAUGCCUUUCCACCCGGUGACGGCGGCUUUGAUGUACCGGGGGAUCUACACCAUCCCCAACAUCCUCGCCGAGCAGCACCCCGUGGAGAUCCCCGAGGACGAGCUGGAGGAGAUCCGCGAAGCCUUCAAGGUGUUCGACCGGGACGGCAACGGCUUCAUCUCCAAGCAGGAGCUGGGCACGGCCAUGCGCUCCCUGGGCUACAUGCCCAACGAGGUGGAGCUGGAGGUCAUCAUCCAGCGCCUCGACAUGGACGGUGACGGGCAGGUGGACUUCGAGGAGUUCGUGACGUUACUGGGGCCCAAGCUGUCCACCUCAGGCAUCCCGGAGAAGUUCCACGGCACGGAUUUCGACACCGUCUUCUGGAAGCAUCGCUGUGCCCCCCCUGACCCUGGGGGUCGGGCCCUGCCCGAGUGCCCCCGCCCGCUCCCCGCAGUGCGACAUGCAGAAGCUGACGGUGGACGAGCUGAAGCGGCUGCUGUACGACACCUUCUGCGAGCACCUCUCCAUGAAGGACAUCGAGAACAUCAUCAUGACGGAGGAGGAGAGCCACAUGGGCACGGCCGAGGAGUGCCCCGUCGACGUGGAGACCUGCUCCAGCCAGCAGAUCCGCCAGACCUGCGUGCGCAAGAGCCUCAUCUGCGCCUUUGCCAUCGCCUUCAUCAUCAGCGUGAUGCUCAUCGCCGCCAACCAGGUGCUGCGCAGCGGCAUGAAGUAGCGGGGCCGCCCCGAGCGCCUGCCUCCGGCCACCGGCGGGGAGCCACACCUCUAGCGAGGAGCAGAGCUCUAUGUAUCUCCAUAUACAAAUCGGACACGCAAACCCCCCCUUGGGGGGGGGGCAAACCCCAGGGGGGAAGACCCGCGCCGGGUCCCCGCUGUCCCCGGGCGACGCGACCGCAUGGCUGUUUGCAGAACGUGGGAACCGUGACAAAGACGCACGCCAACACCCAAACCCACCCCCCACCUCGCCAGGAGGGGGAACCCCCCCCCCCCAACCCGUCAGUGCAUGUAACGUGCAUGGAGCCCCGUGUGCUGCCCCCCCCCCCGGGCGGGGGAUCCCGUCGGAUACACCGAUACUAGCGUCUAUAGCUCUAUAGUUACGAUAAAAACCAAAUCAUCCCCUAAGCAAUACGCGCGCCUGAGGUGGUUUCUAGUUUGAGACGGGGGCGUUUGCAUGGACUUGGCUGCCAAGGGCUGGAUUUCACACACCCCCCCCGGCCUGUCCCCCCACCCCACCCCGUGCCGUGCCUCAGUUUCCCCACCUGCCAGAUGGGGGGACGGCGCUGACCUCCUGCUUGAUGCACUUUGAGCUGAACCCCCCCCCCACACACCCCCCCACCCCCAGGAAGAGCUGGAGCGACCCCGAGGCUGGGGAGCCUGCGCUGGCCGGGGCCACCCGCCCCGCACCCCCCCAGCCUGUAUGUAGCACCCACCUGGG